UAAAUAAAUAAAAGGAUGAAUAGUGGCAUUUUGGGCACUUCGCUUCGCUUGCUGAGAGAUGGUCUAUUGCACACUCUUCUCUUCUGUAGCACUUACCUGCAAGAGAUCAGUUUAGGGUUUAAGCAGGGCUUUUUCAAAUAUUUCCAGCUUCAGUAUUCCAAGAAAUUACGAUCCAAAAUGCGGUGUUCAUUAAUGAGAUUGGCUCGCCCUGUCGUAACAACGCGAGGAUUUUGCACCAAACCAGAAAAAAUCGUAGCUUCCGUACUCUUUGAAAGAUUACCUGUUGUUGUCCCUAAAAUCGAUCCCGUGGUUUACGCAUUUCAAGAGUUCUCGUUUCGGUGGCAGCAGCAAUAUCGACGGAGAUAUCCAGAUGAGUUCUUAGACAAGGCUAACGCGAGAGGGCAGGGUGACUACCAAAUUGACUAUGUACCGGCUCCACGCAUCACUGAAGCUGACAAAACGAAUGAUACAAAGUCUUUACAAAGGGCACUUGACAGAAGACUUUACCUUGUUUUAUAUGGAAAUGCAUAUGGAUCUCCUAGUAAGAAGCCUGUCUGGCAUUUUCCACAAAAGCUUUAUGAGGCCGAGGACACAUUGCGCAAGUGUGCAGAGUCUGCCUUACAGUCUGUCUUAGGGGACCUGUCCCAUACGUAUUUUGUUGGAAAUGCUCCUAUGGGUCACAUGGUCAUACAACCAACAGAUACUGCACCAGAUGCUGGUUACAAGCAAUUCUUUUUUAAGUCCCAGGUGAUUGCAACAAACAAGUUUAGAAUUGGGAAAUGUGAAGACUUUUCCUGGGUGACUAAGGAUGAGUUACUGGAGUAUUUUCCUGAGCAAGCUGAAUUUUUUAACAAGAUGAUCAUCAGCUGACACAGAAGUCCAAUUGGAUGUCCAAAGGCAUUGCGUCUUCUGUGGAACCAUUUGUAUGGUCUAUAUAAAUCCUUUUUGCAUUCGGUAUUUGCAAUUCAAUCAACAAAAUGGAUCUAAUGCUCCAGGGGAAAAGUGAAAUUCUGAAAUAGAGAAAUGCCUGCAGAAUACGUGUUAGAAUUCACUAGUCUUAAUAGAAGAAGGCUUGGCGAAUGUAGCUUAAGUGGUUCAAAUUUUGGAUAUUUUCAUGGAUGCAGAAUGCAUAAAAACUGUAUUAACGCACAAAUCUGGGUGUGCCAGUAAUUUAUGUACUGCCCCUUCUUUUUUCCAGAGGUUGAUUUCCUGGAUGAAUAAAGUAUGUUUGGUUGGGGAA